GGGAAGUGCUUUCCCUAGACCUCGAGCCUGGGAGCCUGCAGUACUCACGAUGUCAGCUGAUAAGCCUCUUCAACGGCCUCUUAUGUUUGCUGUGGAACGAACAGAGAGUACAUUCGACGAAAUCCCUCUGAUAGAUUUAAACGGUGCCAGUAGCAAUGAUCCUGACUUGCGUCGACAGAUGGCAGACUCUAUCCGCGACGCCUGUAUCAAUGUAGGAUUCUUCUAUGUUACCAAUCACGGUGUACCGGAUGCAACGACCUCUCGUGCUCAUGCUGCAGCGCAACGGUUCUUCUCCCUCCCUCUUGCCUCGAAGAUCGCGCUCGAUAUCCAUAACUCAUCGAAUUUCAAAGGGUACACCGCUCUGCUUGGUGAAAACACGGAUCCAUUGAACAGAGGCGAUCUUCACGAAGGGUUCGAUAUAGGAUGGGAGGAGCUGUUCGAGUCUCAGUCUCAGCCAGCCACAGAUACGGAAAGUGAAGGCGCUAUGAAGGGCGAGAACGUGUGGCCCAGUGAGGAAGAAAUCCCCGGGUUCAGGAAAGCAGCACUCGAAUAUUACCACGCGGCGAUAAGCCUAGGCAAAUACAUGUUUCCACUCUUCGCUCUCGCGUUGGAUCUUCCAGAGAAUUUUUUUGAUGACAAGAUAACGAGGCCUGCAGCAAUUAUGCGAAUGCUUUACUAUCCGCCUCAGGACGGAGACGUGUCAGACAGCACCAUCGGGAUAGGGGCACAUACAGACUACGAGUGCUUUACUAUAUUGUGGCAACAAGACGGCAUAAAUGCACUUCAGGUUUUGAAUAAGCGAGGACAGUGGAUAGACGCCGUGCCAAUACCCGGAUCGCUGGUCAUCAACUUGGGCGAUCAGUUCGCUAGAUGGACAAACGACGUGUUCAAAUCAACGAAACACCGUGCUACUAACCGCACCGGCAUUGAGCGCUAUUCCAUGCCGCUGUUCUUUGGCACGGAUUACAAUGUGAAGCUUGAGGCAUUGGAAAGUUGCGUUUCCCCCGAGUUCCCCGCGAAAUACGAAGUCGUCACAGCCGGUGACUACGUCAAAUCUAGACUAGAGGCCACUUACGCACACUCGAAGUCAAACUAGCUCCUCGGAUUGGCCAGGCUGGUGAGAAGAUACGUUAGGAAGACUUGUAUUUGCAGCAUGAACAGUCGGUUUCAUCAUCAAUCGACGUUGACUAGUAAGUUUUGGACAGUGCGAUGAGGAAUGUCCGGCUGUAACAGUAAGCUUGGUAAUGUUCCAAAAUCUCCGAGAAUUAAGAAGCUUACGAUGUAUUGGCUCUUGUCGGAACGGCUGAAAUGCAUGUGAACAGCGUGCACACGCUUGUGGCCUCCAC